UAUAUCUAAACAUGUCAAUUGCCUAACAAACAGACCCAGAACUCGGCCGAGGACACAAAUAAUUCCUUCUCUCUCAAAGGACUCUAAGCUUUUCAUUUUCACAAUGAGCUCCAUCAGUGAAGCAACUACCAAAUUUUGCCUUGACUUUUUCAAAGCACUGAAUGAAGAUUAUCCAUCUGAAAAUAUCAUCCAUUCUCCUCUGAGUAUCUCAGCUGCCCUGGGCAUGGUCCUUCUUGGGGCCAGAGGUGAUACUGCUGCCCAGAUACAAAAGGUUCUUCGCUUCACUAAACUUAGAGAAAAUGAAAAUCCAGGAACAGGAAGAUCUUCAGAAGCAACAAGUGAUGUUCCUGGUGAUCAGUGUGAUAUACCUGGAGGGAUUCAUUCCCAGUUUAAUGACAUCUCAGCAAUCAACAAACCUACCACUUCCUACGAGCUGGCUAAUGCCAACAGACUGUAUGGAGAAAAGACAUUCAAUUUUCUUCAGCAAUACCUAUCCUGCAUACAAAAGUUAUACCAGGCUGAAUUGAAACCAUCUGAUUUUCGGAAUGCUGCAGAGGAAACCAGAGGGCAGAUAAAUUUGUGGGUUGAAACCUUUACAAAGGGUAAAAUCAAGGAUCUCUUUGUCCAAGACAGUCUUUCUGCUGAUACUGUGUUAGUUCUCGUGAAUGCUGUCUACUUCAAAGGGCAAUGGGCAGUGGAAUUUAAGAAAGAAAACACCAAAGAAAGACCUUUUCAGAUUAACAAGACUACAAGUAAACCUGUGCAGAUGAUGUACCAUCAGGGCACGUACAAAAUAGCUACAAUAGAGGAGCAUCACAGUCAGGUGCUUGAACUCCCAUACAAGGGUGGUGACCUGAGUAUGUAUAUACUGCUGCCAAAAGACUACAUGGGUCUAACACAGCUGGAAAAGGAACUUACCUAUGAGAAAUUAUCAACUUGGAUUAGCCCCAACCAUUUGAAAGAAGAUGAAGUGGAGGUGUCUCUUCCUCAGUUCAAAAUUGAGACAAGUGCUCAACUUAACAAAUAUUUAAAGGCUUUAGGAAUGACUGAUGUGUUUCUCCCGGGAGUAUCAGAUUUAUCUGGAAUGGCAGAAAUACGUCGCCUGUUUGUGAGUCACGUUGUCCAUAAGGCUUAUAUAGAGGUCAAUGAAGAGGGCACUGUGGCAGCAGCUGCAACUGGAAUUGGAAUAAGUACAACCUCACUACGUAUUCCUGUACGGUUUGUAGCUGAUCACCCUUUCCUCUUCUUUAUCAGACACCAAAAAACCAAAUGCAUUCUCUUCUAUGGUAGAUUUUCUUCCCCUUAAAGGAAAAUCUCCAAUUAAGACAAGAGAAAUCCCAGGCCAUGGAACUAUAGUACAGAAAAUACAACAGAAAUGUUAUUCUCUUCAUUUUCUCUUUUCCUUGCACUGUAUCUAGAUAGUGACUCCAUAGUUAUGAGUGAAAAUGCACACUAUGCUCAUGGUAGGACUGUGUUACUAGCACUACAGUCUUACCUUGUCUGCUGUUUCCCUCCCCUGCAAACUUGCUUCUGGUUCUUAUUUAAAGAAAGUCCCAUUCUCUCAGCACCUGAGGAAGGGCUCUUCUGCUAAGUCCUAGAUCACUAGGAAUCUCCUUGAACCAGAGCUCUGAUAACUAGUAGUGAAAUAAAGAACUAUGAAUUUUAUUAAUCAUCCUAAACUGAAUGGGUAUCAACACAAGCAUUGCCCAAACUCUUGCAGUAGAGAACCUGGCCCAAAGUUGUAGCAAUGUAACAGGUGAAUAAUCAGGCACAUUGUUUUCACAGUUAUUGUUAUUGCCCUUCUGCCACCUUUACUACUCCUGGAGGAAUUCUGUGCCAAAAAAAUUAAAAACUCUGUGCACAAUAUUUUAAAACUCUGCAAACUUCUUUUCUAUUUGUGAAAAAAACACAAAAUAAUCAUGCCAGUUUCAAUUAUUUUGGCAAUUAAUUUCAAAAUAUCUGUCUGCAAGUAUGUCUGUAACAAUACAGACAAAAAAUAUAUUCAGGAAAUGUUUUUUGAUGAAUAGAUUCCUUAUUAGGCAUAUUCAUACAGAAUUUUGUAUAAUGAUUCAUUUGAGGUACACCUGUACUCACAGAGAAUUGUGCUUACUUCAUAAGGAAUCCUGCUGAAGUGAGUAAGGACUACCAUGGAGGAAAGUACUGUUCAACAUGAUGUGGAGCAGAGGGAGAAGGGAGAGUUGGAAAACAGAGUCUAACCCUUUAGCACUUGAAUAUGAAGUUAACACUGUACACUGAUACAAACUUCUAUAGUCAGGGUGUGAGUUAGGGAAGUUGUGGGAAUUUUGUACUUCCUGAUGCCUGCAUUGAAAAUUAACAAUAAUGUUUCUGUGACCCAAGAACCACUUAAUACCAGCUGGCAAGGAGAUGCAGAGGGCUCCAGGGUUCUCCUGAUUCUCAUUCUUCAAAAGAAUUGUCAUGUGAGUUAGAAAUAAGAGUCCGUGUUGCACUCUCCAUCAAUGUUGUUGUGAAAUGUAUAUGAGGACACUAUGUAAGGAAUGGUGUAUCUAUAUUGAACAUAUGUUCUUAAAGUCUGUGUCUGAGGGUUGGUCACCGGCAAAGGUAAAAAACAGGUUUUUUGUCAUACACGAAAUGUUUAGCCACCUAGGUAUUUACAUGUAAAUUGAGUGUUGUUUCAUUCACAAUGGGUCUCCUAUUACCAGUCUGAACUGAAUGCAAAUGAAGGAUUGUGAAUACUUCAGACAGGAACUAAUAGGAAGAAAAGAGCAGGGAGGGAGAACCUUAUCUUGAGGUGCACCUCAAUGGUUUGUUCUACUAUAUUUCGGAGGCAAAGUAGACACCCAGGCAUCCCUCAGCUAGGAAGCAAAUGGACAGCAGAUUUGCCUCAUGAAGGUGGAAUCUCAGCCAGGCUGGGCUGAAAACUGUGGAGAGAACUUUGGGUGGGAAGUUUCUUUAUCAGCAGGUCAAUCUGUUAGUUACAUGUAGCUAAUCUAUAGAAAGAGCGUUAUUUUGCUUUAUAUAUAACCAUUUGAUUCCAAUAUUCUUGCUCACUAUUACUUGAAUCUCUAGUCUUUGAGAAUAAAUGUAUUCUUGUUUUCAUUGUAAACACAUCGAAGUGCUGUGGUGAUGUGGAGUAAAGGAAUGAUCCUGAGUUGGAUCUUACAAA